CAGAUUUGUGAGAUUGGAGAUGCCUCUAAAGGUAGUUUAUCAUCAUAUGCCUAUGUUUUAAUGUUAUUACAUUAUUUACAACAAUGUUCACCUCCAGUUAUACCAGUCUUACAAGAGCUUUAUAAUCCUAAAGAAGAUAAACCUGAACAACUAGUAGAAGGCUGGAAUGUGUGGUUUUAUGAAGAUCUCAGGGCAUUGCCUAAGGUAUGGCCAGAAUUUGGUAAAAACAGACAAGGUAUAGGGGAAUUAUGGUUGGGAUUAUUUAAAUAUUAUAGUGAAUUCCCUAUUAAAGAUAAUGUAAUUAAUAUCAGACAGAAGAGACCUUUAACUAGGUUUGAAAAAUUGUGGAAUGGUGAAUGUCUUGCUGUUGAAGAUCCAUUUGAUUUAAACCAUAAUCUUGGUGGAGGACUUUCAAAGAAAAUGAAUAACUAUAUAUUAAGAGCAUUAAUUAAUGCUAGAGAGUUAUAUGGUGUUCCAUUUGAUACAGUACCACAUUUAAUAGAGAAAUAUAUCACACCAGCAGACUAUUUUUUUGAUCCAUUAUUACUAACAGAAGGUCGACCUCCUAAUGAUAGAGGUUGUAGGGAAUGUGGUAAAAUAGGACACAUUGCUAAAAAAUGUCCUCAACAUCUUAAAAAUUUACAGCGUAAAAAAGAAAGGUAUGGAAUGAAUAAAGCUCAUUGCGUUUAA